CUUAAUCAGCUGAUCGUCAACAAAUAAGCAUUCCAAAUACCAUUGUGAAUGUAAUUCGUAAUUAAGAGGUAAAAAGAAUGAAAAGAAGUGGAUAAAAAAUUGAAUUUGUUUACAAUAGCAUUCAACAAAAUUUUAAAUAAAUAUCGACAUGCUCAAAUUAUUACCAAGCAAAGCAUUUGACAAAAGUGAAAAUGCAAAAUGUGGUGAAAUUUUUUGUCACAGUUCAACAGAAUUUACCAUUAUUUGUACACUGUGCGAACUCAAAGCAUUCGACUACCAGGAUUUCUUGCUUCACUGCAAGAACGAACACCUCGAAAAGGACUUCUUGAAAACAGAAGAAAUAUUUGUUGAAGAAGCACCAUACCUGGCGUCAAAUGUGAAGGAUGAACCAAUUUUUGAGGAUACUGUUGCUGAAGCUGAAUUUCUAGAUGAGCACGACUUUAUCAUUCCGGAUGAGGAAAAGUCAGGGUUACGUAUAAGUCAAUGGAGUGAGAAUAAGUCGUUAUCUGAUGGUUCAGACAGUAAUACUGAAAAUAAUUUUGAAUCUAAUGUUGAUGACAAAGAUUAUGUACCACCUGUGCAUCAACGAAAGCGAAACAAAAAGCGUGAACAUCAAACAGAGUCAUACAAAUGUGAAAUAUGUUCCCGUGUCUAUAAAAGCUCCAAUUAUCUGCGUUCACAUUUGGCAAAAAUUCAUAAUUUUAAAAGUGAGGAAAUAGUGACUAUUCAACUUCAAAAAUGUGAUGAAUGCACAGAAGAAUUUAAAACAUUACGAAGUUUAGAGAAGCAUUGCCUUUCGGAACAUGGUGGUAUGAAAUGUAUGCAUUGUGAUAAACGAUGUACAUCGCGAACAAAUCUGUUACGACAUAUGGAAACUCAUUCCCAUGGAACGGACCGACGGUUCGUCUGCGAUUAUGAGAACUGUAAUAAAAGUUUCUUUACACGCCGUCAGUACCAAGCUCACAAACGCACCCAUACAAAAGGAAAGAAUUUCAUAUGUGACAUAUGUGGCUACUCGUGUCGAAUACCGGAAAUGCUUAAAGUGCAUUAUCGUUCACAUACAGGUGAGAAACCGUAUGCUUGUGAUGAAUGCGGCAAAUGUUUUGUAUCUAAAUCGGCUGUUAGGGAGCAUAAAGCAUCGCAUGGCACAGAGCGACCACAUGAAUGUAAAGUAUGUGGACGCUCAUUUGCAAGAGCUAAAUCGCUAUACCAUCAUAAUUUUUUGCAUCUCGAAGAAAAGAAGUUUAAAUGCAAAUUGUGUGGACAAGCGUAUGCGCAGCUUGCGGGUUUAGCUGGUCAUAUGAGACGACACCGGGAGCAGGGUCAUUGUAUAGAGAUUAGUAAUAUACUCAACUGUGCGCAUGUGAAAUUACAUUUCAAACAAACGCAAAGUACAGUUUACGUUGUAAAAGGCAGUAACGACUGCCCACUCCGCCUUACAGUGAGUACUGCUAUUAAAUUAAUUUGUAGUGGCCAAUAUGCAAAUAUUGAAUCGUUAACUCAAUUCAAAAACCUGCAUGAGGGCUUUGUUCGUAUAGUGUUGCUCAUUUCAAAAGGAGCUUGUGAAACAACUUCAUUGGAGAACGACAACACUAAUUUUGAAAGUGAUAGUGAUAGCGAUGCACCAUGUACAUCUCAAUGGGCACUAAAUCGCGAACAGCGACGUAAACAACGUCAGCUACGUAACUCGCAUUUAUUACAAAGGCAGCAGCAACUAUUCCAUAGGGUGGAGGCACUCCGCGAUUUCCGGUAUAGUCCGGAAUCGAUCGAAUACACUAUUGAUUCAGGUGCAAAGAAAAAAAGUAGUGUUUACGAAUUCCAGGUGAAAUUUCACACGAACAUCGAUUACAUCUUGCGUCAGCCCGAAAUAUCCCGAGACGGAUUUACCGGAAAUUGGAUGGAGUUUAUAACAACGAAAUUGAAUGGUGCUAUGAAUCGAGAGAUGAGUCAAGAUCUAUGCAGAGAAUAUAUAUGGUCAGACGCAGAUCACGCAAUCCAAGAUCUCUUAUUUAUCGCAUUCCAGUUGGUCAUGUGUUUUCACCUCAAGCGAGGUGUUGUCUACUUACAAGAAGAAUUGAAUAAUGUUAAAGAUUAUCAGACAAUGCAAUUCGUAGUAACGGCUUAUUUACAGGAGGUUGGAAAUGAUCAAAAGGUUUGGCCACAAAAAUAUUAUUUACAACAAAUUUUAAAAGCUUGUAAUAAAAUGCGAAUAACUGCUAUUAUUGACUAUCCUGGCGGCUUGCCAGUUACGCCCCUAUCUGGAAAUUUAAUCAAAUGCUACAAAGAUGAAUGUAGUGAUAGAUGGAAAUUAAAAGUGGAGGAACGCGAGAGUUCCUGCAGUAAAAUGAUGCGGAAUUGCACAUUACCAACAAGUUAUGAACAAAAUAGAACCAGUAUACGUUGUGGCGAAAUAAUUUGUUAUGAUAACGCGAAUUUCACUAUAAUUUGUGUUCUUUGCAAAAUGAAACUGUUCGAGUUUGACGAUUUUAUGUUACAUUACCAAAAUGUACACCUUCGAGGCAAUAUACACGACAGUGAUAGUGAUAACGACGCGGACGGUGAAUUGGAAGAAUGUAUUAAAGAUGAGGAGUUUGAAAAUGUUGAAUACCUAGCUGAAUUGGAUGAAUGUGGUGCAAAAGUGGAAACUGCCGUGCAACAUGCACGUGUUUUGGAACAAGUCGUUUCCAACGACAAACAAAAUUUACCCAUCAAAGCAGAAAUGAUAGAAACGGCUGAUAAUGAUACGAUCAGCGAAUAUGGUGAAGUUUUGCUUGUUGAUAAUGUUAAACCGAACGAGAUCGAAAAUGAAGAAUUUGAUGGUGAUGAAUGGGCAGAUAGUCAAGGAGGGGAUGAUGAUAACCACAUUUUAAAAAAGCCUAGGAAGCCCAAAGAGUACUCAUGUGCACAUUGCCAAAAACGUUAUACCACAGAACGUAUAUUGAAGCUGCAUAUAAACAUGAAACACCUGCGACCAAAAAACUUCAAAUGCGACCAAUGCCAAGAAGAAUUUGUAGAGCAACGUUCCUUAGAUUCACAUGUGCGGAAAGAACACAUAGGUUUUCAGUGUUCACAAUGCGAGCGUGCUUAUAAAAACUCUCGUUCACUGCGCAUACAUAUGAAAGCACACAAGGGUAUAAAGGAAUUUAUAUGUGAUUUUGAAAAUUGUGGCAAAGCAUUUAUUACUUCAUCACGUCUGAAAGUGCACCAAAAAAUUCAUACUGAUGAACGAAACUACAUAUGCGAAAUUUGUGGUUAUCGUACACGACAAAAGGAUGCUUUGGUUGUACACAAGCGCACACACACCGGAGAAAAACCUUUUGAGUGUUCUAUUUGUAGUCGACGUUUUAUCUCUGCCUCAUUGUUAAACGAGCACAAGCCUAUGCAUUCUACUGAGCGUCCACAUAAAUGUGAUGUAUGCGGUGCAUCAUUUUCACGGAGCAAAGCGCUCUACCAUCACAAACAUUUGCACCUGGGUAUUAAAAAGUUUGUUUGCAAAUUAUGUGGUCGUGCCUAUGCGCAGAUGGCAGGACUAGCGGGGCAUAUGCGACAACACAAAGCAGAGGAACAAAGUUUACUUAGUUCCAUCUCAUCAUCUGACGUUAUAGGAUACACUGUAACUUUAUUGUCUAAACCACCACAAGCAACAAAAUUGCCUGAUGGAGAAUAUGCACAUGCCAUAAUCCAAGUGGUUGGCAUGUCAUCAAUAUUAAACACGAAAAUGUUAAAACUUUUGCCACCGGAUACGAGCAAAUUUCAUAAUUUUAAAUGUGGAGAAAUAUUUUGUCUCAGCUCCAAUAACUACAAUGUGGCGUGCUGUUUAUGCGGAGCGAACGUAGCGUUUGAACAAUUUCCACAACAUUUUCAAGAAGAACAUUUAACGCCCAAACCCGAAAAAGUGGAAAAACCCACCUUAGAUACAAGUACAAGUGACAGCAUUAAAAUUGAUGUAGAUCCCAUCAAAAGCGAAGAAGAAUAUCUUAGUGACCACGGUGAAGGUUCAGUCGGUUAUGAAGCUCCAGAUUCGGAACCCGAAGAAGUAGUUGAUGAAAAGCCUUUCCACUUUGUCGACUUACAAAAUCUAGGAGUAAACAUAGUUGAACCAGAAAACAAACGUAAAAAGAAAAAAGUUGAAGAUGUUGACGACAUCAGUGACACUAAGUCGUCGGAGGAUAAGAGUGAUGUCGAAGAUGAAGAUUGGCGACCUCAAGAUUCGUCGGGCGACGAGAAGCCAAAACCGCAAGAUGAUAUUGAUUCACUUCCAUAUCCAUGUCCAGACUGUAUGCGUUCGUAUAAAACCAAACGCAGCAUGCUAACGCAUCAUCGACAAACACAUAAUCCAAAAAUAAAAAAACCGAAAGAACCAAAGUUGAAUUUCAAAUGCGAUGAAUGUGGCGAAUGUUUUAAAGCUGAAAGAAAUCUACGUGCCCACAAGUGGAAGCAUACUGGCAUAAUAUGUGAUAUUUGUGGAAAAAAAUUCUCUCAAACUGGUAACCUGCAACGACAUAAAAUACGUCACACCGGCAUAAAGGCGCACAAAUGUCAGGAGUGCGGCAAUGACUUCUUCACUGAUAAAGAGCUAAAAGCACACAUGUUGCGACAUACCGGCGAGAGGCCGGUUGUUUGUGAGAUAUGCGGAAAACGGUGUCGUGAUCAUGGCGUAUACAAAGCGCAUAUGCGACGACACACAGGUGAACGACCAGCAAAAUGCGACGUUUGCGGUAAAGCUUUUUACAGUUUCCACGAUUUAAAUGUGCACGCGGUGACACACAGUAGUGCACGCCCAUUUGCAUGUGACAUGUGUGGCUCAACGUUCCAGCGAAAGAAAUCACUACGCGUACACAAAAAAUUACAUUCUAAAGAUCGGAAGCAUGAAUGCAAAGUUUGCGGUAAAACAUUCGCACAAUCCGGUGGUUUGAAUGCGCAUAUGCGAACCCACGAUGCCGCAUUAAGUAGGAGCAUUGUAGGCAAUACCUCCGCCAGUAUUAGCGCUAUACCUGGCCCUAUAGUUGCAGAUGGUGUUGGUGUCGGUGUCGGUGUGAAUGUUGGUGGCACUACUGUCAAUAUGGGCCUUGCUAGCGGUGUUGGUGUGGCACUUGGUACGGUAGUCGAUCCAGUUAACUCAAUAGGGGAGGCAUUGUUAGGUGUGACUGGUGUGCUGAGUGGGACCGGCUCAACAGUAGAUACUGUCAACAAUUAGAUUUAUGAAAAUUAACUACAAUAACACUGGUACACACAUAUAUAUUUGUGUAUGUUUUGGGUAUAAUUUUAAAAUUUACAUUUUUAUGCUAGUGUAAGACUAUCCCCCUAUAAGAAAUGCGUGUGCAAUUAACUGUAACGCGGGUCCGUUUAAAAUAAAUCAAGUAUUCUGACAUACAUACAUUAAUAUGUAAAA